AUGUCGCGUGGGGCGGACGCGCCGGCGAAAUUGGUGAUACAGAAGCAGCUUUACGGCACUGAUCUGAGCAGCGGCCACAACCGUCUGUCGAUCCCGAUGAACCAGAUUGCGGACGAUUUCUUGACGGAGGGAGAGAAGGAGCACCUCCGCGGCUACGACUCGAAGAGCAAGAAGAAGAAGUACAUGGAUGUGAAGGUGGUGGGGCCGUCUCUGUCUGCGUCGGAGACCGUCAAGUUCUCGCGGUGGGACAUGGCGAAGAAGGACGGCGGGAAGACGUCGUCCAGCUACGUUAUCAAUGGGAAGUGGAAUGCUAUUGUGGCUAAGAAUAAGUUGAGGAUUGGGGUGGUGGUGCAAUUGUGGUGUUUCAGAGUUGAUCGGGAGUUGUGCUUCGCCCUCGUGCGCCUGCCGGGGAAUGGCUCCGCCGGCGCCUGA